AGGUAAGAGCAAAUUCAAUCGCACCAACAGCACCUCAGCAACGCUGCCUCGGUCAAAAGCCCGCCACAAGGUCAAGUCUGAUGGGACCCUAGAAAAGGCGACCAAAAAAAUCAACUGGUUCUUCCUCCUAGGGAAAGGAAAAUCCUGAAAAUGAAAUCAAGAAACGCAACCCUGUUAACAACCCACUUGGUGGGCAGGUUUACCUGCUCUUGAUUCAUCAGGCCUUUGAAAGGAUUACGCCUCAAGCACAUCACAAAUGACUGCUGUAUCCAGAUUUUGACAGUGGAUAUUAUCCGGGCAUUGAGUCAUGGAUUAAUUUGACUUGUCCUUUCCCAAGCCCAACCCCAAGACUACUACUAGCUGGAAUUGGUCUUGUGUCAAUCAUAACUGAGUGCAUUCUGACCUCUUCACGUUACCUGGGAAAACAUAAGGCCAAAACAGCCAGGACUUCACACUGUGUUGAACUAAGUGAUAGGAUUAUCCCAUCACUGAUGAAGACUUAGCUAGGUCUCAUUGUUUUUUUUUUGUUUUUUUCUAAAAUGUUUCGUGUGCACAAAAGAUUUUUCGAACUUGUGUGUUAUAUUAAGAAAAAUAGAAAAAAAAGCCAGCCCUGACAAUGUCAGAUUAUCACUAUACACAAAUAGUAAUCUCUGUGCUGUGUUCUUGACAGUGUUUGAUAUCCAUAACGGAUAUAACGAUGGAUAUCGGUGUCGGCUAUCCAGGAUACAGGAUAUACAAGGAUCUAGUGGAUUUUAAAAAAUUUUGGAUAAUUUGUAUGGAUUUUUGGAUUACUGAAGUUUGUUUUCCUCGAAAAAGAGAAGAAUUAAUGAUGGAUGCACUUUUAAGUGUCUAAUCCCAGUGGUUUCUCAAUCUUUUACUAUUGAAGUGCUAAACAUUGUUACAUUAUCGAAACAUUUGUGGAAAAAAAAAAUGUUUAAAAUAUGAUACUUAACAUUCAACUGCCACCCCCACUGUGCUAUUACUGGACCGUAGUUUGGGAACCCUCUGCUUCAUGCAAAUCUUUUCAUGUUUCCUCCCAUCUUUGGGGUCAUCUAUGUCAUGCUAAGAUGGGUGUAUGAUUUGUGAUGUACAUUAAUGUAUGUAGCAACUGCCAGGUAACAGAUUUAUCUACGUCAACGAAUAACCACAUAUUUAGUGCUCUCAUGUAUGCCUGACGGCUCUGCUACAAUCAGAUACAAUUACUGAUACAACUACAGAUGCAACCAACGCCACCAUCAGCUGAGAAUAUUUUACGCUCAUCAUAAUGCAAUCACAAAUAUUGUCCUACCAACGUAUGGCCUGCAACAUCAUCAUGCCAACUGUCACACCAUCAUGUCAACUGUCACAUCAUCAUGUCAACUGUUACACCAUCAUGUCAACUGCCACACCAUCAUGUCAACUGUCACACCAUCACAGAGACUAACUACCAUGCCAUCAUAGAAGGUCAUAAAUGCAACAUCUUUUGAUCAAGGCCACCAAGAUGGACACUGGUCAAGACUGUCUUAUUGUGUCAUUUAUAGUUCUGUCAUUUAAAGAUAAAAAUGAACCACUUUGUUUGUGUGUGUGUGUAAACAAGUGAUCAAAAUACAAAAUAAUAUAGAAAGUAGUGUGAACAGAUCUGUUAAUGUUUUCAUUAUUUUAUUUUUUUUAAUUGCUUCUUAUAGGACAAAAUAAGAUUUGGUUUUGGUUGGGAUACAAGAUCAGGUUGUUAUUUGAAAUGUGGCUCAUUUGUGGGGCAAAUUUUGAAUAUUAAAAAAAAUAUAGUUUCAAGUUUCAAUGAAUGAUAAAUAUUGCAAUAGGUACAGUCUCAUAUUUGAGUUUUGGCCCCUGGUAAGUCUGUGAGAGUUAAUCUUGGGAGCCUCUGUUUUAAAGAUGCAAAGUCAUGUUUGCUCUUGGUUGGUUUUAAUGUUUUAAUCAAGGUGCUUCUGGGUUCUCAUAGUCUUUCUAGAUAACAGCAAAAAUUCAUAUGCAUUUGUCAGCUGACCUACCCUGUUCUUUCCAGCUCAUCUGAAAGUGAAAGAUGAAUGCUGUCCUAGAAUGUUGCUGGAUGGAUGUGCUGAAUCCAUGGAGAGGUCUUGGGUUAACUUACAUUUGGGGAAUCUCAUGAUGUAUGGUGUCAUUAUUUGUUUGCAUACAUACUAAGGUCGACCUAAUACGCAGUGCUCAUAAGUACGAGGUUGUAUGUCAGCCAGUCUCUAGUAAUUUGCUCCAUUAAAAAAAAGUGUGGAGAGGUUAUUAUAAGCCUCCAGCCAAUAUGUUUAAGAAAGCUAUGGAACUAACAAAGGGUCACUGGUCAGAGAUGUGUACUUUCAGACAAUCAUGCUGCUAGUGCUACCUGAUUUGUAGGAGAGCCUUACCACUUUCUGAUUGGUUGUCUCCUGAGCAUCAAAUCUUUUCGGCUGCAAAGAUGUUUGAAUAUUUGAGCUUAACAGUGUUUCAAAGUGUGUGGUUUCUAGGCGUUAGUCAUCUGCCUUGGUAGAAUCAUUUAAGAUUUUUUUUUACAUUUGAAAUUACAUUGUCUUUUAUGAAAACAUUGCAAAUUAUGGCUGUUGUAUAAUGUUUGGUAUAUUUUGUCAGGCUAGUGCUUAAAAUAAAAAGAUAGAGCUUGCUUGAAGAUGUGCUUAUUUAAUUUGGCAUAUUUUAUAGUUGAAGGGUUCUUUAAUGAAGUAUAAAAAAAACACUAGACUGUAAGUCUAUGCUGUCUUGUCAUUUUAAUUAUAGCCCAAGUCAGUGGUUCUCAACCUUCCUAAUGCGUCGACCCUUCAAUACCCUUUAAUACAUUUCCUCAUGUUGUGGUGACCCCCCCACCCCCCAACCGUAAAAUUAUUUUUGUUGCUACUUCAUAAAUAAGUGUUUGCCGCUGGUCUUAGGCGACCCCUGUGUUUGGGUCGUUUGAACCCCUAAAGGGGUCGUGACCCACAGGUUGAGAACCGCUGGCCUAAGUAGACCUGCCAAUUUAAAACAGAAGCAUUUCUAAUAUUGUUAGGGUUUUGAUACUAUAAGGUUCUAUAAGGUUGCUUUGGGGUUUUUGGGGGUUUUAAUGCUGCUAAAAAGGUUACAACACUCUGUGCUAAUGAAAAACUUCACAAGGUUACCCCGUAAAGACAGAUUUUUUUUUUUUAUUAAUAGCUGGUAGUAAAUAAAAGUAUUCCAUUUGAAAAAUAGUUCAUGGAUGAGAAACUGGAUUUUUGAAAAUACCAUUUUUAGGGCCCUUGCUGACCAAAUAUACAGAUUGAUGUUUCUUUUGUCCAAGUUACCAGUUUUACAGAGUUGUAUAACUAGGGCAAUAAAAAAAAAUGUAUUAAAAAGCUUAACAUAAUUUUUUUUUUUUAAUUUUCUCAUGUAAAAGAUGUAGAACAGAAGCUAGAUAUUGGUAGUUUUAACUUAAAUACUUUUUAAAAAAAUUUGUAUCAACAAGUAAUUCAUGAAUUUGGACCAAGCCCAGAAACAAAACUUUAUAUUAAAGUUAAAGUCCUCUGCAAUUCGAAUUUGUGUUCCAUCAAAUUUAUAGGCAUUGUUUCAUCAUGAUAUCCAGUUUUCAGUUGUGAUGAAAUCGUACAGACUAAUUGGACCAACUUCUACAUUACAUCGGUUGCAUCCCAACUCCUGUUUUACAAUGACAAAUGUAUACAAUUAUAUGUUAGCUUAUAAUUAAUUGUGACACCUAAGUACUUAUAUGCAUCUACUUUCUCUACACUUUGAUUUUUUAAGUAAACUUUAAUUUACAUAUUCUCUAAAUAAAUCAACCAUAGAUUUUUUAAUGUUUUUUUUUUUUUUUUUUUUACAUUUUCCUAAAGCAUAAUAAAAUAACAUUUAUAAAUCAAUGCUCCAGAUUUUUCAUAUUUACCAACCAUAUUUAGGUGACAUAUUCUAGCAUCAAACAACAAAUUCCUUCACUCUUUCAAAUGUCCUAGCUCUUGAUAACCCCCCUUGAAAAUAUUGUUUGAUAUAUUCAAAUACAUUUGUUUAGCCAAAAUUUAAUAUUUAAAAAAAAAAUUAAAUCAAGUCCAACAUUUAUGUACACUAAUGUGUUGAUUUGUACUAUUUAUAGUUUGUUGUUAGUUUUAUUUGUUCAAAAGGCUAAUUCUUGUGUUGCAUACAUCAACAACACAGCCAGAUCAUUCAGUUAUGUGAUAUUUUUGUAAUUAUUAUUUUUUGUUGAAUGUUUAUAAUUUCAUAACUUCUCACAAAACAUUUGUACAUUUGACACUGCACAGAUGUGUGUGUGUGUGUGUAUGUGAGUGGAGGGGAUGUAACUAGAGUAAAUUUGCUCUAAUGUGUCGCCUGCCGUCUGCGCCUGCCAACUGUAUGUGCAGUAAAUGCUGUGUUACUAUAGUCUUAGCAAAGCCAUCCCUGCUAACCAAUUGAAAGGCUUUUUUAACAACAUACAAAAUUUGUUUACUAUUUUUUUAUGUUUCUUAUUUAAAGUAUUUAACUUAAAGUACUUAAAUUGCGAUUAACUUCAGCCUCCAAUUUUGUUUAAACAAAAUAGCUGAAAGAUUUAUAUCAUUGUUAUUGCAAGGUAACAGCUUGGAUAGUUGCAUGCCUUCAGGUGAUGAAGCAGUGUGCCACUUCUGUUUCUUCAUUCAUUAAUGACUCCAUACCUGCUUAUCUUAAGCCUGUAUCUCUUCUACUGUAAUGAAAUAGUACAAUCUGUGAAAUGGUAAUAAAAUUUUAAGAACCCAGCUCCAUUUUUCUUUACUCAGAUGCAGAGUUAUGUUGUCUAUGGAUGAAAUGUUGCAACUAUUUUUUGGAUUAAACUCUAAUUUCAGCGCCAUUCAGUGAUCAUUUAAAGAGUUGUUGUUUUUUUUAAAUUAAAAACACCCUCAUUGCCAGGUGAGACUACUUGAAAACUCUACUAUAGUAAAUAGAAGGAGAACAAGUAGAUCUAUUGUUUUCCAAUUUUGUCGGGUUUUAAAGAGAUUUUUUCAUUUCUGAGUUCUCAUUGUAUUCAAAAUUGGCGCAGUCAAUGACGAAAGAUGCACGGAGUGUACUUUUUAGAUCUUUGUACAAUUUGUUUUCAGGACAAAAAGAAAAUAUUUGACUUAUAAAAAACCUUUUCAAUUAUGAAAUAAGUUGAUUGAUUUUUUUUGGUAAAAAUAACUAGAGUCUAUGCAAAUGCAACACACAAAAAAACAACAAAAAAAAAACACUUUUUCAUUUCCAACUGAAAUAAAAGAUUACCCAUUUUAGGCUUACCCAAGCAGAACUAAAAGUUUUAGACAUUAAGUUUUUAUAAGAAAAUAUUGCUUAUUAAGUCUCUGCUCUUUAGAACCAUGCACAUAUUAUAUAACGCGAGG